AUGGGACAAAGUCGCUGCGCUUGGCGCGUUUCCCACGCCCGUGUUUUUUCAAAGCCGCGAACAGUCGAAUCGGCCGUGUGCCCGAUAACAAACGGUGCGGCGAAAACAUUGGGGCUCCGCAAAGAAAACCUCUCGGCCCAUUGGCCCGGCGAAGCCUCCAAACUUUCGCAAUAUGUACGGCCGGAAUUAUUUAAUUCCCUUUCACACGAGACUUGGCCCGCGAAGAUGCCACUACGACGUAGCUCCGGCAAGCGAAACUACGACGUAUUACGUAGCACCAGCAAGCUUCACCUCCCAUUUCUUGCGAGCGUCUGUGGCUUUAGGACGGAGUGGGGCGAAUCAAAGAGCGCGGCCUCCCCUAAUUUCCCCGAGAAAAUUCCACCUGGAAAUCAGUCGAGGUUUAUCGUUAAUAGAGCUAAUAGAGUCCUCGGCGGCAUGCUGGGCGAUUCCUUUGAUGGUGGUGAGGCCGCGCGAAUGCAAACCCAAACGCCCGCCGGAUCCGGGCGCGCGAAUAAAAUGAAUUUGCCCCGGGGGUGGCGGUGGAAAAUUGGAAACGUCAUUUUGGCCCUUUUU